AAAGAGUAUAUCACAAAAUACUUUGUAAUCUGGUCAUCACCAAUCCGUACAGACAGAACCUGCGAUUUAACACUGUUCUUAGCUCCUCUUGCUGGACUGGAGUUUUCAAGCUUUGCACCGAACGACGUUGGCGAUAGUAAGUGUUUUGAAGAGAAACAAUGGGCAGUGAAGAAGAACUCAGUGUUGAGCAAGCAGCUGCAGAGCGUCGGGAGAGGUUGAGAGCUUUGAAAGCUGCGAGAGAACUUUCUGAAACUCCUGCUGAGGAUGACAAGCCUGUUCAAGCUGAGGGCGAUGAUGAGCCUGAAGAUGAUGCUGAGCGAGAUAAAGAAGAGAACAAUGUCAACAUGAAAUUUCGUAAUUACCUUCCUCAUGACAAGCAGCUUCAAGAAGGUAAGCUUGCUCCACCAGUGCUACCAAAGUUUGAAGACCCUGUAGCAACAGAACCUCCUGAACAGGAUGAUAAAGAGGAUCCAUUUCUGAAUAUUGCUCCUAAAAAGCCAAAUUGGGACCUCAGAAGGGAUGUGCAGAAGAAACUUGACAAGCUCGAAAAACGCACGCAGAAAGCAAUAUUUCAACUCAUGGAAGAAGAACAAGAGAAACAGAAGAAAUUGGAAGAAGGAGAAGCAGAAGGCAGUGUGCAGGAGCAAUGAAAAUGUUAGAGAGGUUUAAGAGACUUACGAACUAGAAAAAAGAAUCAAGAUAUGGGAUUGUGUCUAAUCUGAAAGGCCUUAGUUCUGCGUAAUCCAUAUUCAGGUUAUUUGUCCAGACUGAAGUUGAAUUUAAGGAAAACAAAAUGAAGAGGAAGAUUAACAGUUUCCCCUGUACAAUUGACAUGAUGUUUUUAGUAGUUUAACUUUUCUGUGGGAGGUUUUAUAGUUUGAAUUAUACGACAUGUUUUUGCUUUAUGGAAAAUGCCAGAUAUUCAAAAAUUGUUUCUA